AUGCUCCAGAAGAACGAAAGCCGAAUCACCCUUUACACCCACCCUGCUUCCCCGUAUGCUAAGCGCGUCGAAUUGGCGCUCGUCGAGGCCGGCGUAGCCUUCGAUACGCAUAUUAUCGAUCUCUUCGUUCCUCGAGAGGACUGGUAUACCCGUGAAGUCAACCCAUGCGGCAAGAUUCCUGCUAUCUCUUAUAGCUCACAUCCCACGUCGGGCUCCCUUCCCUCACCCGUCUCGAAGCCUCCCUCACCGACAGGCACCCAGUGUAGUAUGCCGCCGCCCAACUCUUUCCACCUCGCCGAAUCGACCGUCAUCCUCACCUUCCUCGCCGAUCUAUAUCCUCAACUCCUACCGAUCACGCCGACGGAUCGCGCUCGCGCUCAGUUCUUCGUUCACACAGUCGAACACCGCGUCGUUCCAACUUGGUUCGGUGUGGUCGCAACAGGUGACGUUGAACUUGAGGCGCUGGUCGAUGCGAUGAAGGAUGCCCAAGAUCUCCUACCCGAGCCUUCUCAGGCGCGCAAUGAGGCGACUGGGUACGCGGCGGGGCGCUGGAGUAUCGCCGAUGCUACCUUCAUGCCUUUGCUCUACUUCGUUGAGCUGUAUCUUCGCAAUGACCUGUGCGCGCAUGCCGUGGGAAAAGGGCGCGCGGCGUGGGUUGAGAUGUUUGGAAGCGAGACGGAGAGGUUCGCGAAGCUGCGGGCGUACUUUGAGAGGGUCAAGGCAAGGAAGAGCUGGAGUCUGAUGACAGACGAGACGUGGAUGCUCGAGUUCUUGCCGCAGUUCAUGGCGUUCUAUGGGAUCAAGAGGAGGGAGGCUUGA